AACCCGGAUGAGCCGGUCAGCUGUUUUUCAAUCAUGACUAACAAUGUUUGUGGAUCAGAGGAGAGACUUUGCAUGGAGCAAAACCUCGAUGAAAGCGUGCAAUGCGGCAGGUGUCAGCUGCUGGAUCUGCCCUGGGAGGAUGUGUUAGUUACGCAUGUGUUCUGUUACCUGCCGCUGCGUCACCUGGUCAGCCUGCAGCGGGUCAGCAAGAGUUUUCACUCUCUCAUACAGGUGUACCUGGCCAACUGCCAUACCUUUGAUCCCGCACAGACGGGACCUCACAUUCCUAAAGAAGCGUUCUGCUCAAUGCUUCGCCACAAUCAAGUUCUCCACCACAUCUCCAUCCACAACUGCUCUGAUUGGAUCACUGACAAAGAGCUGCUGCCUGUGAUUGGUCAGAACCAGCACCUGCUGCGCAUGGACAUGCGUGGCUGCGUUCAUCUUAGCCGUCACGCGCUGGUCGCGGUGUCUCUGAGCUGCCCGCGCCUGCAGCACUUGACCCUGGCACACUGCGAGUGGGUGGACAGCCUGGCACUGCGCAGCCUCGCGGAUCACUGCGCAGACCUGCGCUCGCUGGACCUGACUGCCUGCAGACAGCUAAAGGAUGAGGUCGUGUGCUACUUGGCGGGAAAGUGCCCAGCACUGCGGUCGCUGUCCGUAGCUGUAAAUGCCAACAUCACGGAUAUAGCGGUGGAGGAAGUGGCUAAACGGUGCAGAGAGUUGGAGAAGCUGGAUCUCACGGGGUGCUUGCGAGUACGAAAUGAAGCGAUCAGGACGGUGGCCGAGUACUGUCCCAAACUGCAGUCUCUUAAAGUGAACCACUGUCACAAUGUAACAGAGUCCAGUCUUGGCGUUUUGCGCCACCGCAACGUAGAGAUCGAUGUUGAACCGCCCCUGCAGAGGGCGCUAGUGCUGCUGCAGGACAUCGUGGGAUUCGCCCCAUUUAUUAACCUGCAGAUCUAAUGCAAAACAGGUUUUUCAUCCUUAAUCUCUCUCUCGAUGACCAACCUUUGGACUGAAACCUUUUACACUAAUGCAAUAUCACAGAUCAACAUCAAAUCAAAGUUUGGUGUGUUUUAACAUUCAGUAAGAAACACAUUACUUUGGGUUGCAGAACGGGGUCUGUAUCAGAAAUGGCCCCAGUAUAAAGUCUUUUUUGAAAAUGAUUUGUUGUGGUAAAGAUGGAAAAUGCAAAUUAUUUAAGAAGCGUUCACUUUUUUUUUCCCAUGCAGAAACCAAAUGUAUAAUUUUGCACUCGGUAUAUACUGAAAUACUCUUUCAGUAGGUCUGUUUUGCAUGUUUAAAAGCGCUUUAGUUGUCGUUAUUCAUCAGAUAUUCUUUCAGCUUUAUUUCACACAUCAGUAAACCGGAAGGCAAAUCUUCCAAGACGUCAUCCAAGUAUCAAUCAAGUCAUGUUUUACAGUAAGCAUACUGGUAUAUCUAUGGCUGUGUGUUGGUUUUAUUCCCAUUCAUUUUAUGAUGGAACCCAAUGUGAUGUCACAAUGCUUAGGAACUCGGUAUAAUGGAUUGUCAGUUACAGUUGAAUUGUAAAUUCAUUCAUAAGCACUUAAAACAAUCAUUUCUGCAUCAGUUUGACGUUUUGACAUUUGGGGUAACUUCACCCUUGUUGCUAUGACAUUCUGAUUAACUUCUCAAAAGUUUGCUGUAUUGAAAUAAGACAAAUCUCACUGUAUAUUUUAUUUGUCAAUAUACCAAAUACGCACCGAAAUGUUCAACGUAGAAUUUUAGUGCUGGUGUUUCUCUGUACUCUGUGUUAUUGGUAAUGUUUGCACAUGGUAAGGUGAAGUUUUAAGGCCUGUCACAGUGUGCUUGUUUUGCAUGCUGGGGGGGUCUUUCGGGACCACUGUAUCUGUUGCAUUGAGUAUUUGAAGAUGAAAUAACACAACAGCUGUUUUGUUUGUUUUUCUUUGAUAUUUGAUUUUUCAUCAACAUGUUUUAAUAUUACAAUUGUAAGUGAUUUUUGCACAUGCACUGUGCUUUAUUGUGUAUUGCUUUUGUAUAAACCCUUGUUUAAUGUGUGGCUGUACAUUAUUAAGUGCAUAAUUGUUUUAUGCAAA